GUUCUCAACCACGAUAUGCUAUACGCCGAACGAGAUGACUUCAAAGAUCUAACGCCAAUAGAACAAGAUGAAGGUCCUUCACCGCUAGCACCGAUCAAUUACUCUCAGAAAUAUAAAGACGCUAUGGACAUGUUUAGAGCAGUGGUAAAUGCGAAUGAGAAGUCAGAGAGAGCACUUGGAUUGACUGAAGAUAUUAUACGUAUGAACGCAGGUCAUUACACCGUAUGGCAUUACAGAACAUCUAUUAUCGUGGAAUUGGGUUUAGAUCUCCAAGCAGAAUUGAAACUUAUGGAUGAAUUAUCCACUGAAUAUCUGAAAUCCUACCAAGUUUGGCAUCACAGGAGGCUGUGUGUCGAAUCAUCAAGGGAUUUGGCUGUUUCUGAAUUGAAAUUCGUAGCUGAGUUGUUCUACGCUACUGAUGAUCCAAAGAAUUAUCACACUUGGGUAUACAGACAGUGGAUACUUACUUAUUUUGAUAAGAUUCUUCACGAUGACGAUCGCCGACAUGAGUUUGAGUUCAUCGAAUCGCUUAUCACGGAUGAUAUCUACAACAAUUCAGUAUGGUCUCAUAGGUUUUUCUGCUUGUUCAAACUGGGUUGGCUGGAGACAACAUUAGACAAUGAGAUUGAUUACGUUUUGUCUCUUAUUAGCAAAGCUCCUAGUAACAUGUCAAGCUGGAAUUACUUAAGGGGUAUUCUCAAAGUAAAUGACCAAGGAUUGAACAAUCAACGAAUUAUGCAAUUCUCGGAAACGCUGAUCAAUGCAAAGAGUGCUUCAGAUGACAUGAGACCUCCUUUACCCGCAUUAGAAUGGUUAGCAGAUGCUGCGCUAGAAGAUAAGAAUCCUAUUGCUACCAAACGUUAUCUAGAAUUGAAAGCCUUAGAUCCGAUACGUAAAAACUAUUGGAGUUGGAAAUCACAUCUAGCUUUAUCUGCUUAAAUUAGGAAAAUACCCCCAAUUUAUACAUUUGCAUUAUUUUACAUACAUGUCUUAAAACCACGACCGAGGGAUUCAGUAUGUCAUACUUAUUAUUAAC